UAAAUAGGGCUGAGGAUCCGGCCUAGUUUCAUUCCUUCUGCAUCAACAUUCUCUUGAUCAAUUUGGUCUAUCAGUCAGUCUUUUGACAGUCAUUCUCUUGUCUUCGGACACAUUACAUUCUCUUGAGUACAUACUCAACCCACCACGAUCUCUUAUUUCAAGACUUCGUUAUUGUACUUGUCAGUCUUUUUUCAAGAUGAUGUUCACCAAGGCUCUCGUUGCUGCUACUCUGGCCACCCUCACCGCGGCCCUCCCCCAGCCCACCGUUGUCCGUCGUGAGGGCGGCGAUGCCGGCGUCACCAUCGUCAACAACAUGGACUCCGACGUCUACGCGUGGUCCGUUACGGACGGUGUUAGCAAAAUGCACACCCUCAGCUCUGGAGGCGGCUCGUACACCGAGAACUUCCAGGCGAACCCCAACGGCGGCGGUGUCUCGAUCAAGCUGUCCACCCACCAGGACCAGACCGAUGUCCUGCAGUUCGAGUACACCAAGUCCGGAGAGACUAUCUUCUGGGACAUGUCUUGCAUUGACAUGGACCGUGCCGCUUCCACCUUCACCAAGAACGGCUUCGAUGUCUCUCCCAGCCAGACCUCCGGUGACUGCCCCGCUGUCAACUGUCACGCCGGGGACACCUCUUGCGCUGAGGCCUACCUCCAGCCCAAGGACGACCACGCUACCCACGGCUGCCCCAUUGACACCAGCUUCACCCUGACUCUCGGCGCGUAAGCUUAACCCAUGACGGGGGGCUGCGCUUUUUACUUCUUACGCUCUUUUGCGCAACUUUUUCAUGACACACGCUCGUUUUUAUUUUGGCUUUCUUCAUGAUACUCCGCCACGGUUUACGCUUUACGCUUCGACGGGUUUAGGAUGGGGUUAAGGAUAACGGCAUGGUUUGGGUCUGGUUUUGGGUAACGGCAAAAGUCUUGCGCGUGACGCAGCUUGAAAUAGAUUGUUCAUGUUCAUAGAUCAUUUGUCUCUCUUUGCUUCGCGGGUUGGGUAUUUACUCCUCGCUGCAAUUAAAAAUACAUGUAUCUACUUCACAUGAUGGAGACCACGAGUUAUGUAUAGACUUCUAUAGACUUUAUAGACAUUAUAGACCUUCGGAAUUUCUU